AUGAAGAAGAAGCAGAAACAACAGCAGCACCAGCAGCAGAGGCAGAGGCAGCAGCAGAGGCAGCAGCACAGCAAGGCGCCAUCUGAGGCAGAGUCAGAGACACAAAAACUGAGCAGCGUUCGGCAAAGCGCAACAAAAAUUACAAUUGGAACAAAAUCGGCAACAAAAUCAACAACAAACAUACAAAAUACAACAACAGUGGCAGCAACUAAGCGUCGGAGAGCGGCAGGUUGCAACAAAAAGAGGCACAACAACAGGCGACAGAGUCACAGCAGCCGGAGUGCGAGCCAAAACAGAAGCCGCAGCAGGAGCAGCAGCCGCAGUCGGAUCAAGAGUCGCAGUCAAAGUCGGAACAGCAUCCAGAGCCCCGAUCGCAGCAUACAGAGUCCGCCGCGCAGCAUACGGAGUCCCAGCCCCAGGCCCAGUCCCAGUCCGAACAGGAGUCGCACCAGCAGCAUUUGUAGCAGCCGCAGUUGCAGCAGCGAAAGUGAAGCCAGCAGCAUGUCCAAGGCAAGCAGCACAGCGACACCCACUGCAGCAGCUGUUGUGGCAGCAAGUGCAACAACAAAUGCGACGCAUGCGAAUGCGAAUGUGAAUGUCAAUGCAAAUGUGAAUGCCAAUUCGAAUCCCAAUGCGGAUUUCAGUGCAUUCGAUUUCAAUGAUAGUUCGGAUAAUUCUGAUACGCCGCUAGUGCCCCGCCCACCGUUCCUGAGUCGAGCUGCAGCGGCAGCAGCAGCAGCGGCAGCAGCAGCCGCACUGAGCAGCAGCAGCAACAAUUCAAAUUCCCCAACAUCAGGCGGUGGCGGCAUGCAACAGCAGCAGAGCAUGCAGCAGCAGCACCUCAACAACAACAACAACUUGCAACAUAACAACAGCAACAAAAACAAUAACAAUUGCCGCAGUAGCAGUCGCAGCAGCAGCACCUCCCAAAGCAGCCUGGACGAUGAGGAGGAGGAUGAAGAAGAGCAGCAACACCAGCAGCAACAGCAACAACAAAGGGCUGCUGCAGCAGCUGCCGUUGUUGCAGCAGCAGUCAGUGCGUUGCAUAACGGUAAGCAGCAGUUCAACAACAACAACAACAGCAUUAACAACAACAGCAAAGUGCGAGAGACGCGAGAGCUGCUCGAUCCACAACAGCAGCAACAGCAACAGCAACAUCCAGAUGAUGAGGAGGAAGACGACUACGACGAGGAUGAUGAGGAAGAUGAUGAAGAGGAGCCACACCACCUUCACCAACAGCAGCAGCAGCAGCAGCAGCAUGGCAAUGGAAUUGGCCAUGACCUCACGCCUACAGAUCUUCGUCACGUUCUGCCAUCCAGCACCAGCCAUCACGAUCAUCUUCACCAGCAGCAGCAGACACAAUUGCAGACACAGUUGCAGCCACAGCAGCAGCAGCACGAUCCCCAGGAUCACGCGGACUACGACGACGAUGGCGAAGAUGAAGACGAUGAGGAUGAGGAAGAGGAUGAGGCGGCCAGCAGUCACCUGGACAGCAGGGCCACCCUCACAUCGGCCCACCUGAGCAGCGUGGCGGCUGCGGAUAGCAGCGGCCUCCACAUGAGCGCCGUAGCUGCGGCGGCAGCAGCAGCUGCAGCUGCAGCUGCGGCCGCCGUCACGCUUAACGCACAGCUGGAGCAGCAGAACGCCACAGCGCUGGAUAUGGCUAGCGUGGGUCCGGUGGGUGGUGGCGCCACAGUCCCUCAAAUGUCGAUGGUGACCGCACCGAGCAGCCUCAUUGGCGGCAACAGCAACACCAGCUUUUCCACCAACAACAACAGCAACCAUGCCCUCAGCUCGACGCACGGCAGCACGGGCGGAGGCGGAGGCGGAGGCACCGGUGGUGGGGUUGGUUUGGCCAACUGCAGCAACGAACUAGCGGCCAACGCUCGAGGUGGUGAGGGCAGCGUGGGUCCCACCUCCCAGCAGCAGCAGCAGCAGCAGCCCCAUCAACAGCUGCAGCAGCUGCAGCAACAGCAGUCGGGCAGCGGCAGCAGCAGCGCUGCCAGCGAGCGUCGCAAGUACCGCCACCAGAACUACAGUAAGAACAUCUACAUAGGCACCAAGAACGCCGAGAAGUGGGAGCACAUGCGCACCCGGCUCCAGUUCAAGAACGAUGUGGAAUUUGUUGCCUAUCUGCUCAAUCUGGCCGACAACGAUACGGAUCGACUGAACAACCUGCCACCGCCUUCGCCGGCUCCCACGCCCACCAAGGGCUUCGAUGGCAACUUUAAGCUGGAACCGAAUCUCAGUGUCAAGGACUUUGCGCUGCCACCAGAGUCCAUGUCGAUGAAUGGCACAGGCAAUGGCAAUGGCAAUGGCAAUGGCAAUGGGAAUGGUGACUCUGCCUCGGCGACCUCUGUGGCAAUGGUAACGCCCACACCGCCGCAACGGAAGCGCUACAAGAAGCGGGUGCAGUUCUCCACGGACUCGCUGAAUGGAUAUGCGGGCGGCAAAGCGGCCAAAGGGGGAGCGGGAACUGCAGCAGGAUCGGCAGCAGCUGGUGGCUAUCACAGUGGCUAUGCCAAGUCCAAAAAGCAGGAGGCCAAGGCAGCGGCGGCCGCCUUGAAGGCCGGAGCAGCUGCAGCAGCGGCGGCUGCGGCUGCCGCCAACUCCUCGGCCCUGCCCGAGGUCCUCGACUGCCGCAUCGCCGAGAAGAUCAAGAGCGAGCUGGAGGCGAGCGCCAGUGCUGGCGGCAAGGAGCCGCCAUCCCUGCCCAGCGCCCUCUGCCUGAAGAAAGCCGCAGCGGCGGCAGCAGCGGCCGCGGCAGCAGCAGCAGCGGGCAGUGAAGAGGAUGACGAGGAGGAGCAUUCGCAUUCGCAUUCGAAUUCGCAUCCACAUCAGCAGCAUCCACAUCUGAUGGGUGCCGGCAUGGCCAUACCCCUGGGCGUCGCCGGAGGCGUGGAAGUGACAGCCAAGACGGGUGCAGAUGCUGUGGACGGCACCGCAGCCAGCAACGGGCAAAUGGGCAACUUCCAUGUGCGCUCCAAGAGCCAUGGCGGUGGCAAGAAGUCGCAAGCCGCAAAGGCAGCAGCAGCGGCGGCAGCAGCUGCAGCAGCCGCAGCGGCCGCAAUGAUGCCACCAAAUUCCAGCUACGACGAACCGGAGGAUGAGUCGGCAACGGGCGGCACGGCCGUCAACGAGGAGGAGGACGACGAUGAUGAGGAGCUGGACGAGGAUGCGUUGGCACGCGAAAUGAAAAUGGAGCAAAACUUUGUGGAGGAGGAGGACGAGCAUGACAUUGCAUUCCGGUCGCAGCAAUCCUGCCGGGAAUGCUCCAUCACGCACGACCACAAGCUGUGUCCGCUGCGCAAUGCAUGCGGCAAUGUGACGGAUGCCGUCGAUCUGGCCGAGUGGAUCGAGCGUCGGAAUCUGGAGGCGCUGGCCAAGCUGAAGGCGGACGCGCACCGCCAGGCGAAGCGGGGCCGUGGUCCGCGUCACGACGACGAUGAGGAUGACAUGGAGGACAUGGACAUGGACGAGUCGUCGCAGCUGUCAGAGCUGGAAACCAAGCCGCUAAUAACCUUCGCCGAGGCAUCGGUGCCCGCCGAGUUUGAGCUGCACAACGUCGAGCCGAAUGUCACUGGGGUCUUUGCCCGCACCGAGGUCCGAGCGUACACCAAGCUGGGGCCGCUCAUCGGGCAGCCGGUGCAGACGGGCGAGGUGCGCGAGGGUAGUGACAUGAAGUGGAUAUUCGAGAUGUGCGAGGCCGGAGCGGACAAGUCGUACCUCCUGUGCUGCGACAAUCCCAAUGCCUCCAACUGGCUGCGCUUCAUACGGCCCGCACCCUGCUACGAUGAUCGCAAUGUGAAUCUCGUGUCCAUCGAUCAGCAGGCGUACUUUGUCAGCUGUCGCGAUCUGCGGAACGGCAUGGAGCUGCUCUACUGGAGCGACGACUGCAACACCAUGUGGCGCAAGAAGCACACGGAGAAGAUCAACUGCGGUGGCUGCAGCCUGAAGUUCGAGCAUCCGCUCUACUAUCGCACCCACUGCUCGGUCUUUCAUGACCCAUCGAUGAGCCUCACCAUCCGAAAGUAUCACUGCAAGGUGUGUGGCGAGGCUGUGCUGGGCAAGGACAACAUUAUGAAGCAUGCCGCCGAGAAGCAUGACGGCAAGGGUGCCUAUCAGUGUCAGUUUUGCAACAAGUUCUUUCUGCGCCUCAACUACCUGGAGAUGCAUCGCACCUAUGGCUGUGCCUCCAACCCGAAUCGAUCGCGUCCCGUCUGCGAUUUCUGUGGCCGCAAGUUCUGUCAGCCACAAAAGCUGAAGGCGCACAUCAAGCGCAUGCACAGUGGAUCGCGUGCGGCACUGCAGCGUCACUCGAAGGAGGUGCACAGCCGCAACUCCACCGUCGUGAGCUGUCCACGCUGUCAGAAACUCUUCCAGAAUCGCAGCAAUCUCAAGAUCCAUAUGCUGACCCACUCUGGUGUGCGUCCAUUCAAGUGUGCGGAGCCCGAGUGCAAUGCGGCAUUCACCACCAAACAGUGCCUGCAGUUCCAUUACAAGAAGGUGCACAACUACACGCAGGAGCAGAUGCCAAAGAUUGAGAGGAGUGUGGCCUACACGUUCGAUGCCUAUUCCGGCGGCAUGAAAGUGGACUUUCUGGAGCAAGCACCGCGGAGGCGGCGGAAGAGCCUCGAGGACCAGAACUCGAUGCUCAGCAGCUCAAUGCAGAGCGACACGGAGUUCAGCGAUGACAACAUCUUCGAGGCCAUCAAGAAGAGCGGCAAAUCGAUCAAGGAUCUGUGCCGCAACGAGCCCAAUCUCUCGCUGCUCAGCUCCAAGAUUUCCAGCAUUUUCGGUGAGAAGGUGCCUGUGGUGGCAGUCCCAGUGCCGGUUGCCCAGCCCUCGGCCAGCGUCUCGCUUCCACCCGUUGGCGGUGGCCGCAAGCGAAAGCGCAAGAAGGAGCCAGCCAAUUCCACGGCCGCCCAACAGCAGCAGCAGCAACAGGCGGCCCUCCAGCAGCAGCAGGCGCAGCUGCAGCAGCAACAGCUGCAACAGCACCAACAGCAGCAGCAGCAGCACGUGCAACAGCAGCAGCAACUGCACCAUCAGCCGCUGCAGCAACAGGCCUCACUGCAACACCAACAGCAGCAGCAGCAGCACCAACAACAGCAGCAGCAGCAGCAGUCGCAGUUGCAUCACGAACAGUCCUCCCACCAGCAGCAGCAACAGCAACAGCAGCAACAGCCGCCGCCCCAGUAUCAUCCUCACCACCUGCACGCCCACUCGCUGCCCCACCAGCAGCAGCAGCAACAGCAGCAGCUGCACGGCACCGAUCCCGACGAUGACGAGGAGGCGGAGCAGGUGCGCCUCGAGCAGGUGCGUCGCAAGCAGAACGCACAACUCAGCCUGGUCGAGUCCUUCCUGACGACCACCGCCCAGCGGUUGAGUGCCCAACAGCAGGUGCAGCAGGUGGUGGCAGCCGCAGCGGCUGUUUCGGCCAUGGCCGGAGCCGGCGAUGAUCCCGCCAAGCUGGGUCACAUGAUGGUCGGCCACAUGGGCGUCGGCGUUGGUGUGGGCGUGGGCAUGGACGAUGAGGAUGACGACGACGAGGAGGAGGACGAUGGCAGCUCGGCCAAUCAUCCUGCCAGCGGUAGCCACUCGCAGUCACACUCCCAUCCGCAUCCUCACUCCCACUCCCACUCCCACUCCCAUGCGCACGCCCAUCCGCAUCAUGCCCAUGCCCAUGCCCACAGCCACGCCCACAGCCACCAGCAGGGGGCAGGGGGCCAGCAGCAGCAGCAGCCCCACGGUGGGGAUCCCAGUGCCUCGUACCGCCAUGCGGCGGCCAUGAACGCGGUGGCCCUUGGCCAGAAUCUGGUCGUCACCAAGGGCAGCAAGAAGUGGAUCGGUGCCGAUGAUCGCCAUCUGGGCGAUGUGACCAGCGACGUGGCCGGCAACGACUCAGGCCCGGGAUCGGGCAACGGUCUGCCCGGCAACGCUGGUGCGGGCCAGGACCUGGGCUUUGCGGUGCCACCCAGCGCCGUGGAUGAGCACAGCAAGCUGCUUGGCCAGAAUCGUGACUUCCUCGCCCGCCUCAUGAGCACGGCCAGCGCCAGUCACGCCCACGCCCAUGCCCAUGCCCACGCACACGCCCACCAGCAUCAGCAUCAGCACCAGCAACAGCACAGCGCCCACAGUCGGGAGGAGGACGAGAACAGCUCCUUCCUGGAUGUCGUCGAGUCGGCCAACAACAAUGCAGCCGCGGCAGCCGCUGCAGCAGCGGCCAUGUCCCAAUACCAUCACAACGCGGCAUCCAAUGGCGGUGCAAGCGGUGGACCAGGCGGCCCAGGCGGCGCCGGUGGCGGUGGCGUUGCCAGUGGCGGACACACACCCACGGGACCGGCCACUGGCGGCGGUUCGGUAACAUCCUCCAACGACGGACCCGGCCAAAUGCAAAUGAACUCCCUGACGCAUCCGCAGUCCUUCAUGAGCUCCUUCUACAACAAUGCGAACGCAAGACUGACCGGAGCCGGUGUGGGCGUUGGCGGAGGCUCCUCGUCCGCCAGCAUGCUGGUGGAGGCGGCCCUCAAUUCCGUUGGCAAUAUGAUUGACAGCGAGAGCAGCGACCUGAAGGUACCCACCGAUAAUCACAUCAAUAGCGACAGUCCCAUGAGCGCCCAUGUGGAUGCCGAGGCGCAACGCUUUGGCGCUGGUAGCGCUGGCGGCGGAGUCGUAGGAGCUGGCGGUGGCGGUGGCGGGGGCGGUGGCAGCAGUGGAGGCUCAUCGAGCGCAGCCAAUGGAACGGGCAUUGGGGGCGCCAUGGAUAACCUGGAAAAUGAGCUGAAGAUGAUGAAGAAUCUGGGCAGCUUCCCCAUGCAAAUACCGCCGCUGCCCAUGUUCCAGGGUGCGUGCAACAUCUCGCCCAGCGCCUCGACGCCGACCAAUCCGCAGAGCAACCAGAACCAGAACGAUGUGGAUGUGGAUGCGGGCAGUACACCGCGACCACAGCAUCCCGAUUCCGAUGGCUUCUCUUCGUCGCACCACCGCACGCCGCCCUCGCCGCCGCCCAUCUCGCCGGGUCGGGACUAUGGAGGAAUGUUUGGCUCUGGCAAUGGUGCUGGGGGUCCAGGAUCCAGUAGCACGCCAGCGGGCAGCUCCAGUGCCGGCGGUGGAGGCGGCGGAGGUGGUGCUGGCGGUGGCGGUGCUGGGGGUGGAGCCAACAGCAUGUCGGCCUCGUCCCCGCUGCCCGCCCUGCAGCCACAGCGGCGCAACGCGUCGAGCGUGGGCAGCACAUAUCCUGAGCACGAGCUCAUCUCGCCGGCCUCCUCACCGAGCAUACCGCGCUACAACUUCAAUGGGGACAUGAUGCGCCAUAAGCGGGCGGUGCAGGAGCAGGACCAGCACGAGCAACGCCAGCGGCACAACCUCUCGCGGCACAAUCAAAUGUCCAGUGAUGAGGAGAACAGCAUCAUGCCACAGAACAGCGCCGGCCAGGACAUGCGCAUGAAGUUCCCCCAGUCACAGAUCGACCUCAUGUACUCCAAGUACGAGAGCAUGGCCAGCAACCUGAAGUACAACAGCCAGGAGCUCGACUCGCCGGCGGAGUAUCGCCAGAGCAGCAACAGCAAUGUGGCAAGUGCGGCGGCUGCUGCUGCCGCUGCAGCGAGUGCGGCCAAUGAUCUGUCCGAUCUGCAGGGCCUGGACAUGAGUUCGCGUUCGAACGCGUCGAGCAACUAUCACCACAACUUCCAGCUGCCAAGCAGUCGCUACCAUCACCACAUCUACGAUAUACUGUCGGACCGGGAGCAGAGUCAGCAGGCCCAGGCCCAGGCGCAAGCGCAGGCACAGCAGGCAACGGGUGCAUCGGUGGUGCACCAGCAGGAGCACGGUCACGGCAGCCAGCUGGCCAUGCAGCAGCAUCAGUCGGCGGCUGCCAUGCACAACAUGCUAAGCGAGCAGCUGGGCGAGCAGGAGCACGACCAGACCACAUCCGUGGACCUAAGCCGCACCGCCAACUAUGUGGUGUCGUCGCCGCCACAGCUGCCGUACAACCAUCCGCAUCACGACAUGCUGCGAAUGGCCUCGUUGGACCUCACACCGAACACGGCCAACAUGGCCGUGGGCAACAAUCGGUCGUUCCUCUCCUCGCAAAUGCAGCACCAGAGCCGCGAUACCCUCGAGCACCAUCGCCUGCUCUCCACCGUCGAGCAGCAUCGCAUUCUGGCCGCCUCGAAUGCCGCCGACCAGCAUCGCCUUCUGGUGGAUCCCACCGCCCAUCUGCUGAUGGAGCAAAACAAUCGUCUGCUGGGCACCGCCGAUCAGUCCCGCCUGCUGGGCGAGUCGGCGGCGGCAGUGGCCCAGAAUCGUCACAUGGCACGCAGCUUUGGGGCCUACCAUCAGGUGGCAUCGAGCAACUAUCACCCGGGCGUACGACCGCCGCCCGUACUACCCUCAGCGAAUCAUCAUGCCUCGAAUCCGUCAAACUAUCAUCCCUUCCCCGCCUACUACUAAGGGUGAGACUAUCAAAACUAAGUACAUACUGGACUAUGGCGAUGAGUUGCCUGGGACAAGAGUGCAAUAUGUACCUAGAAGGGGGACUCCAUUUCACGUAGUUCAAUUCGAAGCGCAACAAUAACUUUAGUUCCACGCCCAUCAAUCUCCCCUUUCGAGCUACAAUUUCAAAGUGUGCCAAUCCAUUUAGGUGUUUAGAUCCUGUUUAGAAUUGUGUGUGGCAUUUGGCAUUUGGCAUUUGGCAUUCCCCCCCACCAUUCGACGGCUGGCAAACACACCCACAAAUAUGUAUAGUUGUAUAGGAAGCAUAAAAUAUAAAUAUUAUAAAUAUAUAAACAGUAAAUAUAAAGCGAAAAUUCUUAAACAUAAUGGAAACAGAAGGAAGCCUGCAGCAAACAAUUUUUUUAAAAGCAAAUUUCAUGCUAAGUUUGUAUAGGAACAACAACAAAAUAAAAUUUAAAAAAAUGGAGACGAUAAAAUGCUAAACAUGCAAAAAGAAUAAUAAUUAUAUUAGUAAUAAUAAUUAUAAUGAUAAUGAUAAUAUUUUUACACCAUGAGAGACGAGUAAAGCGUAUAUUAACGAGUACAAAAUGUGUUGGCAGAUCCGGCAGAAAACCGAAUCCCAUGCAUUCCCAGUACCCUACUCCCGUUAAGCCGAAAAUCAAGCAAACUCAGCGAAUGAAAGGAGGAAAUAAUAAAUUAUAUAUGUAUAUUGAUAGUGGAUACAUAGGCGUCCAUACAUACAUACUGACAUAUACAUGUAUACAUGAUGACCGAUCAGGAAGAACCUAGCUCAAACAUCAAUCCCACACUCGAUGGCAUGUGUUUGCAGAGAAUCUAAAGAGUGUGUGUGUGUCUCCCUCUCGUUUUUUUGUACCUACUAUUAUAUUAUAAAUAUUAUGGAUAACGGCGUUUCAGCGUUUCUAGUCAGACAAUGGGGGCUACAUAGCUACAUAUAUACAUACAUAUAAACCACAGACAUAUAUAACAAUUAUAAUAAUAAUAGAUGUACUAAAUGGUAUAUGAAAUAUGGUAUAAAAAUAGCAAGUAAAUAAGUUAUAAUUUCAUGUAAAUUAUUAAAUUUAUACAUAUAAGCCGCAGAAUGCGAUAAGGCAAA